GAGUUUUAUUCAACGUACCUAUAGUUCAACUAAGACUUAAAACUUUAAAGUUUAUUAAGCUAAUUUUAGGGAACGUUGUGGAGUGAAAGAUGUAGUGUGGAGGAUGGAGAAAGGUACGCCGAGAUGGUGUGGACAUACAGAGGAUGGACGAAAGGAGACAAGUACACAAGGCGAGUGUGGACGGGAGACUGGAAGGGUCGGCCUCAGCGAAGGACCUCCAUCAGAUUGAGGGCGUUUUUGGCAAAGGCCAGCUUAGGAGCACCCUCAUUAAGUUAAUAACAAUGUACCUACCGAUAUAGUUUAAGUUUAAAAAAUGUGGCUCUCAAAAGAAAUUUCACUCGUUGUCCUGUUGGUGUUUGGCUCUGUUGACUCAUGAGUUUGCCGACCACUGGCCUAGGGGCUCUUCCAGGUGGGGAAAGGGGCACGCGGUGCCCAUGUGCGGUGGGCGAGCGUCAGCGUUAGGUCCGGGGACGCCGGAAGGAUGCCGGGGACUCGGAAUCCGUGGAAGGACAGUGGCCGAGCCAGCGAGCAGUGCCGGCCCGCAGCUGUGUCCGCCGCGUCCGCGGUGCUGGACGAGCCGCCGAGUUCCAAGGAAGAAGUGGGACUCCGCGGUGAAUGCUGGGAGCUCGGGAUGCGGAGCAGAAAGGGGUGCGGGCGCAGCGGGCACCGGCUGUGCGGAGUCCCAGGGCUGCAGGUGGCAGGGCUGUCCCCAGCGAGAGGGGUUUGUGCUAAACCUGCACCAACUCACCUCUCCUUCAAUCUCCCAUUCCCAGUGCUGCACAAAAGAGAUUAAAAUAAGUUAAACGGUGUGGGAUGCGGGAUGGUCGGCACAUGUCCGUUCUCGUUUUGACUCUUUACCCUUACAGCUUUAAGCAAAUUAGAAUCUCCUUGAGUCUUAAGUUUAUUUUUAAUCCUCACCAGAGGAUAUUUUCCCCUGUUGACUUUUAGAGAGAGUGGAAAGGUGGGAGGGAGAGAGAGAUCCAUUGGUUGCCUCCGGCAUGCACCCUGACCUGGGCUGGGGACCCGGGGCGGGAAACAAGCUUGCAGCCCAGGUACGUGCCCUUGCCUGGGAGUCGAACUCGCAGCCCUCUGGUGUGCAGGCUGGUGCUCUGUCAAUGAGCCACACCAGCCAGGGCUUACGUUUACUGUUCUUAGCGAAGACUCACAAACACCUGUCUACAGUGCAGCAGGCUCUUUGUAAGGCAUUAUGGGAGACGCACAACUAUAAAACAUGGUCCUUAAGCUGUAUUCACAAGUAACUCAGACGGUAAAUUUCAAAAUACACAGGUUUUUGGUUUUUCCUUUAUGCAGUGCUGUUAGGAGACUUCAAAGCUUCUUACACAUUUUCCUUGCAGGUUGGCAGGUAAGUUCCACAUCCAGCCACAGGCUACGUUCAUCUGUAAUUGUAUUAAAGUAAUUUUGCCUUAACGCAUGGAGGCUGAUAAGGAUUACCUGAGGGAAGAAAUGUAAAAUCUAAGCACUUUACAGCAGAUUGUGCGUUUCCCAUGGCUGCUGUAUCAUGAAGGUUUCGCUUUUUAAUGCUUCAGGUGAAAUCGGAAAUGGCGAGAGCCUCAUCACCUCGGGGUUCGUGUGUGAAGUGCUCAUUCCUGAAUGCGGCCUUAUGAGCACGCAGUGAGCCAGCAGUUCCUAUUCCUGGUCUAGCCGCUCUGCCCUUUGGGCAUUUGCACAUGGGACCCGACGUGCAGCUGCCUGGAGUGAGCGCUCUUGUGCGGUUCCGGCCCCAGUGCUGCCGCUCUGGUCUCGGGGCUCCUUCACACCCCAGCCUCGGCGCCUACGUGUGCCGGAGGGCUGGUGACAGCUUCAGGGCAUGUUUAUGUUCGAGGAGUGACUUGGCGCUCAGUGAUCUCUCUCACUUUACAGAUGAACCCUAAGGCUCGGUAAUAAGAGGCUUGAGAUCAUUCCUGUGAUUUUUCCUUGGAGACGACUUCCACCCCAGGCUUGGUUUGUUUUGCUGUUUGUCUGUAGCUCCUUCCGUGGCGCCUUCCUUUUGCAGGUUAAUUUUAAAUCCUUCCCUUAUGAAUGUUUUCCCUAUUUGUGCGGAAAGUUAUUACUAAAAUAGUUCAACAGCAUUAGCAAGUCAGGUCUUUAUAUCUUAAAUGCUGGAGAUUUACCUUAUAAAUGAAAGAUCCCGUGUCCCUUCUUUCAGGUGAGCGGAGGUUUAAACGUCUCCCUGCGCCUCCUUUAGUCACUCCUGACGCUUUCCCUUUGUCUCUGUUGUAGGACCUGUAAAAUGCAGGCCCCGAGCUCCCGGGCUGUGCACCUGAGCGAAUGGCAGAAGAGCUACUUUGCAGUUACAUCUGGCACGUGCACGGCCGCGCAGAAGGCAGAGGCCUACCGGGCGCAGGUGCUGCGCGUUCAGUAUGCGUGGGCCAACUCUGAGAUCUCCCAGGUCUGCGCUUCCAAACUGUUCAAGAAAUAUGCAGAGAAAUACUCGGCCAUCAUUGAUUCUGACAACGUGGAAACCGGCUUGAAUAACUAUGCGGAAAACGUUUUAACGGUAGCAAGAGCGCAGCAGACAGACAGUCACAAGUGGCAGUCGGGACUGUCGAUGAGUAAUGUCUUCCAGAUGCGCAGUGUGCAGGAGAUGAUGCGGGCUGGCGAGAAGCUCCGAGGCUCCCUGCUGGCCCCUGCUGAUGCUUCCGUCGUGAUCCAUGGAGGGGCCGUGGUCCCCGACCCUCCGAAGUCUAGCGUUUGUGGUGGUUCUCGGGAGAGCGACCCACUGACUAAGCCAGCUCACGGUACAGGCUGGACCCCGGACGUCCCAGAGAGCGGUCCCUCGGGCCCUUUGAGUGCCCAGCCCCCUGUGGCGACUAACACCCCCAAGACGUGUCCCAUGUUCUCAGCACCCUUUGGUGACUUAGCCACCCCGUUAUUUGGAAAUGUCAGGAAGGAAAAUAGCAGCGCUCCAAAAGCCAGCCCGGGACUGAGUCUGUUCUUACCCCGUCAGCCUCGCUCUCCUGCCGGCGGUGAAGGCCCCUGGGACAGGAGCGCUUUCUACGGCUCUGGCCCCGCCGAAGCCCUUUCUGCCCCGACCCUGAGUGAGGCUCUUAGGAAAACGGAGGGGAACGGCCACCGGGAGGAAGGCGGCCUGCCAACCUUUAAAACCGCAAAGGAGCAGCUAUGGGUGGAGCAGCAGAAAAAGCACCACCCGCCUGCCCGGGCGGCAGCGCCUUCCUAUGGCGGCGUCGGCGUCAAGAAGUCCCUGGGCGCCAGUCGAUCCCGAGGAAUUUUUGGGAAGUUUGUCCCUCCUGUGCCUAAGCCAGAUGGGGGGGAUGCGCAUGGGGGGGUGCAGUACAAGCCUGACAGUGCCGGGCCCGCAGAGCCAGCGCCCCCCGUGGACGAGCGUUUGAAGAGCUUGGAGCCCAAGAUGAUCGAACUGAUUAUGAGUGAGAUUAUGGACCAUGGGCCCCCCGUGACCUGGGACGACAUCGCGGGGGUGGAGUUCGCCAAGGCCACCAUAAAGGAGAUCGUCGUGUGGCCCAUGAUGCGGCCCGACAUCUUCACGGGCUUGCGGGGCCCGCCCAAGGGGAUUCUGCUCUUCGGGCCUCCUGGGACUGGGAAAACCCUGAUUGGCAAGUGCAUCGCCAGUCAGUCUGGGGCCACCUUCUUCAGUAUCUCGGCCUCCUCGUUGACCUCCAAGUGGGUGGGCGAGGGGGAGAAGAUGGUCCGCGCGUUGUUCGCGGUUGCGCGGUGCCAGCAGCCCGCUGUGAUAUUCAUUGAUGAAAUCGACUCCCUGUUAUCCCAGCGGGCAGAUGGGGAGCACGAGUCUUCUAGGAGGAUCAAGACUGAGUUUCUGGUUCAGCUGGAUGGAGCCACCACGUCUUCUGAAGAUCGCAUUCUAGUCGUGGGAGCAACCAAUCGGCCUCAGGAAAUCGACGAGGCCGCCCGGCGGAGGUUGGUGAAAAGGCUCUACAUCCCCCUCCCGGAGGCCUCAGCCCGGAAGCAGAUAGUGACACGCCUGAUGUCCAGGGAGCCGUGCAGCCUCCGCGAGGAGGAGAUCGAGCUGGUGGUGCAGCGGUCGGCAGGCUUCUCGGGCGCCGACAUGACGCAGCUGUGCCGAGAGGCGUCCCUCGGCCCCAUUCGCAGCUUACAGGCCGCCGACAUCGCCACCAUAACGGCGGACCAGGUCCCACCCAUAGCUUACGUGGACUUCGACAACGCGUUCAGAACUGUACGGCCCAGCGUUUCUCCCACAGACCUAGAGCUUUAUGAAAACUGGGACAGAACCUUCGGUUGUGGGAAGUAGGCAGGACCCUUAGAGUUAAAGAGCGUGGCACAGCCUUUCCCGGCCUGGAGCUCGGGAACCUGGGGCUUCAUCCGUGGUCCUGGGAGUGUGUGUCCUGAGUCCGGAACCGCAGACGGAGCAAUUGCAAUUGACAGCCUGGGUGGCUAGGAGCUUGAUUUUCUUCCAGUUGUUCCCUGAUGUGUACACCUAGUCAUACCCAACGCGAGGGGUCUUGUCUGGUUUCUAACGUCCUUCUUUUCAAGCUGUGCAGUGGGAUGAACGGUGAGCCCAGAUUGAGCUCUGAGUCCUUGUAAACGAGGCUGUGUGAUUGACACGCAUCUUUUAUUGCUAGUCUGUGGUUUACGUUCGAGACAGCAUGGCUCACUCACUGUUGUUUAAGAUGUAAGAUCUCACCGAACACUCGAGGGACAGUGCCAGUUUUUACUUCGGUUUGUGAGCUCUUACUGUUGUCUUCUCUUAGCAGGACCAGCUAGUGAAACAUGUUCAGGAAGAGCAGAGUGUGGUCUAAGAGCAGGUGUGCCACAGACUGACGGGGAAUGGCUUCCUAAGGGGCAGCUGUUGUCUGACAAUACAUAUUGGACGCUAGGUGGCAGCCUGGAGAAGUGGUAUCUUUCAAAAGUAAGUGUUUGCAGCUUUCUGUGAUGGCGCAUUCUGCUGUAUAAAUAAUGCGUGUUCAUUGUGGAAGCGCGACACUGGAGGUAGCAGAGGAAGGAAAGGGAAUGGCUGCUGCCGCCCCUUUGGGGAAGCACUGGGAACAGUUCCUCCUGGUGUUUGUGCAGCAUUCUCUUCUGUAGCCUCAUUUUUCACCGUUUCCCAUGUUAGUGGCAUCGGCAGCAUCUUCCCUGACACGGCCCCUCGGACUCUGUCGUGGGGAUGGCCUCACGGAGUCCGUCUUGGGCGUGUAGUUCGGGCAGGACGUUGGGCUGUGUACCUUUUGUUUACUGUAAACGAAAAUAUGUUGACUGCCUAGUCGUUGAUCUUUCCUACCAGUCAUUCACCUUUCAACAUGGAGCCAAAAUGUGAAAUUAAACACUAGAAAUUAUUAAAGCACCAGAAAAGUGUGAUAAUGUUGGGAGUUCACAGUAGGAUUUGGAGCGUGGGCCAUGGCCACACCUGGUGGGAGAGUGUGGUGUGCCCAGCCUUUCUGGAAGGAGUGGGGUUGUAUCUGCCAAAAGAUGUUUCUCUUCUCGAUGUCAGUGCCACACGAUCAGGUCAUUGAAACAUUUAAGAUGUGAGAAAACACACAACCUGAAUUUGCGACCACGGAGGAUUGUUAGCCUGUUGAUGGGGUUCACGACAUGGUUUGAAACCUCGUGGAUGCCGUGCAUUGCAUCCCGAGGAGAGGGCCGGCUCCUGCUCAGGGACGAGGCUGCUUGCACGUCCGCAGGAGGCUCCGGGACACUCCCCGCUGCUGCCCGGAGCGAGGGGAGCUGGGACCCCUCCCCGGACUCACGUGCAGUGUCGGUGUUGUGACUGGUUCCAGCAACGAUGCACUCUUUGUAAUUUUUAAAGACUCGAUGAAAUAGUAUUUUUCAAGUAUGGAACAUGAGUAAUUAAGCAGUGACCGUUUGUGUACUUUGUUUUGGUGCCAAUGGGUUGUUAGCAGGUGAUAGGCUAGGGGUAAGCAUUGAAAGCUGCAGUAAAUUCCUCAGAAAGCGUGCCUUCCACGUGGACACGGGGCUGGAAAGACAACGACUAAAUGCUAAAUAAAUCUCUAAAAAAUGAA